GCCGGGCGUCGGCGGCGGAGCGAGCCCGCCCCGGCCGGCGGUGCCAUGCUGAGCGGGGCGGGCGCCGGCCAGCGCGUUGCGGCUCGUCUCGCCCGUCUGGCCUCGCCCGCGGCGCUGCGCAGCGGCGGCAAAAGCGAGAGAGGGAAUAUAUGAAGGAGGAGGUGGAGGAGUCUGCUGAAGAUGAGGCGACUGAAUCGGAAGAAGACCUUGAAUUUGAUGAAAGAGCUGGAUGCCUUUCCAAAGGUUCCUGAGAGCUAUGUGGAGACUUCAGCGAGCGGAGGCACAGUUUCUCUGAUAGCAUUUACAACAAUAGCUUUCCUGACUAUAAUGGAGUUCAUGGUGUACCAGGACACAUGGAUGAAAUAUGAAUAUGAAGUAGACAAGGAUUUUACUAGUAAAUUAAGGAUCAAUAUUGAUAUUACAGUUGCCAUGAGGUGUCAAUAUGUGGGGGCUGAUGUUCUGGAUUUAGCAGAAACAAUGGUCGCCUCUGCAGAUGGGUUAAUCUAUGAACCAGUACCGUUUGAGCUCACCCCACAACAAAAAGAAUUACAAAGGAUGCUGCAAAUAAUUCAGAGUAGGCUGCAGGAAGAACACUCUCUUCAAGAUGUGAUAUUCAAAAGUGCAUUUAAAAGUGCUUCUACAGCACUGCCACCACGGGAAGAUAAUUCAUUACAGUCUCCAGAUGCAUGCAGAAUUCAUGGUCAUCUCUAUGUCAAUAAAGUGGCAGGGAACUUUCACAUAACUGUGGGCAAGGCAAUACCACACCCUCGAGGCCAUGCACACUUGGCAGCCCUUGUAAGCCAUGAGUCUUAUAACUUCUCCCAUAGAAUAGAUCAUUUGUCAUUCGGAGAGCUUAUUCCAGGAAUUAUUAAUCCGUUGGAUGGAACAGAAAAAAUUGCAUCAGAUCACAAUCAGAUGUUCCAGUAUUUUAUCACAGUUGUGCCAACCAAACUUCAUACAUACAAAAUUUCAGCAGAAACUCAUCAAUUUUCAGUGACAGAAAGGGAAAGAGUAAUUAACCAUGCAGCUGGCAGCCAUGGGGUAUCAGGAAUAUUCAUGAAAUAUGACAUCAGUUCACUUAUGGUGACAGUGACAGAAGAACACAUGCCUUUUUGGCAAUUCUUAGUGAGGCUCUGUGGCAUUAUUGGUGGAAUUUUUUCAACUACAGGAAUUUUACAUGGCUUUGGAAGAUUUGUAGCAGAAAUUAUUUUUUGCCGUUUCAAACUGGGCUCUUACAGAUCCACAUCGGUCCCACUUCCUGAUGGCCACACAAGCAACCACUUACCUCUGAUUACAGACAAUAGUACACAUUAGCCUCCUGAAAAAGUUUUUUUUCUUCCUGCCUGAUACAGACUUUUUUAUAAUAAAGAAAACAUUGUGCAAUAUGCUGAGACAGUGCUGAUGGGCAGCAAAAAAAUGAAGCUUUUACAAAAAAACCCCAUCCAACAAAACAAUCUGUGCAAGUUUUGUCUUUGAGUGCACGUGGAGACAUAGGAAAUUGUGAGCCCAGUGAGGUGGAUGAUCUUCUGGGGAGUGAAGGAGUGUUGCUGCCAGUGCAUUUUUCGUGGUUGAGCUGAACAUCUUUGUGGUGGCUACCCGUGACCACGGAAGUGUCCUAGUGAUGCCUGGGAAGGCUGCAGGCCCCAAGGAGGAAAGAGCACAAGUGGGAUGUGUGGAAGGGCUGGCAGCAGCCACAGAGGGACAGUGAUAGAGCUGGAAUUUCUCUUGACUGUGCAAAUGGGGGAUUGGCUUUUCUUGUUCUUUUAUAAUGCUGGGGCUGAGGGCUAAGAGGCCUUUCAUACAGCUGGGGAGCGAUCCUAGAAAAUCCUAAAGAAGAGAAAUCCUAAAGAGAGUAAGUAAGGUGGAACCCAAGCCAUGAUGUUGGUCACAGCCACUGCCUUUCUGCAGCCCACCAUUCCUUAGUGAAAGAAUCACGUGGAGCAGAGGAGUUCCUCUGUAUUUCCACACAGCCACUGUGCCAAAAGUGUGAGUGUCACUUCUGGCAUUGGUAUAGAAGAGCCCAAGGACUCUGAGAAUGCGCUCCAGCCUGCACAGCUUUUAGACUUGGAAUAAGAAGCCUGUUAAGUAAGGCAUUUGACUGUAGUUUUGAUAAAACACAAGACUCCCUAGUAAAAAAAGCCAUGGGAGCAUCCUGGAAUGCUGGAAAUGAAGAGGGGAAGGGAGAAGGGGGCAAGAAGCUGCCAGUUCAGGCAGUUGAGAAGUCUGCUAGGCCAGGCAGGGAGUGUGGAGCUGUUGGUAGGUGGCUCCAGGGAAUCUGAAUCAUAUUGCUGCAGACAGGUAAUGACAGCAUCUGCAGAACUAAUCCUUGCUGUUCAUGAAGGUUUUUGUAAAUUAAAUGAAGAGAGCAAUAUUGUAUUGUAAAUAUGCUGCUGAGAAAGAAUGUUUUUAAUGCAAAUGGUGGUUUGAGAAAUGGAACAUCAUGUUACUGCUGAACUACUGGUGUACACCUGUGGUUGAACAGUUACUCCACCAGUGUAAAAAUUAUUAAUAUGAUUCCUUCUCAGCAAAACUGAUUUAAUAAUAUGUUAGAAGAUGAUGCUGAUCCUGGCCUUACUCACCAUGGAAUUAAUAUUUUAAUUAAGAGGACUAAUUACAGAAAAAUAAAAAUCUCUGUUGUGGUGUCAGAUUUUGCUGACUUCCAUUAAUGUACUUUAUAGGACAUUUGGACUUUGUGGACAGCAUAGUGUUAAUAACACAGCUGAUUUGCUAUGCAAAGAGCUUCCUAAAAAGAAGUGAAAUAGUAAAUAAAAUGUGGGGAAUAAGGAAAGACUUCGUUGAAUUUGGCUACUGAGAAAAAAGUUCAAGGAAGCCAGGUCCUUGGGGAUGACAGCCAGGUUUGGAGUUUUCUCUUUUGUGCUUUGUUUUUUUAACAUUGAUUAAAACUCCAGCAACUUGAGAAACACUUUGGUUCCCAUUUCUCUUUGGUGUUUCCUUCUGAGGUUUCUUUCCUGCUUCUGCUCAGACUGGUUCUGCUUUGGGCUUUUCCUAACACUUAUUUCUUAUCUGCCUGGAACAGACUGUACUGGUGGGAGAGACUGAUCUCAACUGACUUUCUGUAGAAGAACUUUAAAUGUUAUUUUCUAUUCUCACAUAAAAGAGCCAAGGAGCUUGAUGUGUCUUAAA